CAACAAAAUACUUGACAGCUGUAACCGACGCUUAUCGGUGCGUGAGGUAACUACACUAAAACAGCUGAUAUUAACAGGCCAGGGAGAUCAAACUCACAAGACCAUGCCAUGGCAAACAUACCAAAAGGUGAAAUUAAAUGGACGGCAUCAGCUGGUAGUACUACUGGUUAUACCCAGAAACCUACUGCCAAAUAUAGUGCAAUAUCGGAUGGAUUACGACAAAUAACUCCAGAAACCUGGAAAUGUUCUAUGUUCUGUGGUGGCAAGAAUUGUAAAUAUUGUAAUGUACCUCGUGGUAAUUGGCCUACUGAAAGGAUGGCAAUUGAUGGACUAUUCUCUGAAUGGGUUACAGAUGAUAUUCUAGCAACGUCCAGGCCAUCUACAAAUGCUGUAAAAAAUAUUAUAGAAGAAUUUAAAAAAUGUGGAAUAAAUUCAAUUAUAAAUUUACAAAGACCAGGAGAGCAUGCAAGUUGUGGAUCUCCUUUAGAAGAAGAGAGUGGAUUUUCUUAUUUACCGAAAGACUUUAUGGACGAAAACAUUUUUUUCUACAAUUUUGGGUGGGAUGACUAUGGCAUACGCUCCUUACCGUCCAUACUUGACAUGGUCAAAGUUAUGUCAUUUGCUUUACAGGAAGGAAAGACUGCAGUACAUUGUCACGCUGGACUUGGCCGUACUGGUGUACUCAUUGCAUGUUACCUUAUAUUUUCAAAACGAAUGGAUGCUGACCAAGCUAUUCAUUUUGUCAGAGAAAAAAGACCCGGUGCGAUUCAAACAAGGGGACAGAUUGAGUGCUGUCAACAGUUUGGGCAGUUUCUAAUUCCGUUAAGAGUAGUAUUUUAUUCAAUUGAUACUCGUGCAUAUCCAUUUACAUUGAAUCAGUACUUAAUACGUCAGAAGCACAUGUUACAUGGCUAUGAAGCUAGGGAGCUUAAAAAUAUACCUAAGAUUAUUCACGUUGUUUGUAAAAGGUUAACUCAACUUGCCAACUGUGACUUUGGUAUAAUGAACGAAUUAAACUUGUCAUACGAGAGGAAAAUGCAAAUCGAAAAAGAAACAGCUGGCAAAGCAUUUCCUGAAGUUCGGAAAAAGAUACCGUUUGAACAGAGCGUCAGUGAAGGGAAUACAAAAGUAGGGGUGUUGCCACCAAUCAGAAGAGCCAAAAGUGAAGAGAACAUACUAGCUGAAUGUAAUGAAGUAAAUGGUCAAUCAUCGGGUACCUUGAAUGUUCCCAAGGCUACGCUUUCACCUGGCAGUCCCAAUCUAAGGUUUCGUUCUCCAAAUAGUGAUUUAGAUAUGAAAGGCACUUCGGGAUCAUCAAGUUCUGAUGAUGACCUUCUUACCCAGAAACUUACAAUCCCAAGCAAGUCGUGA